AUGUCUAAUCAACAGACAGAAGCAGAAGAACCCUGGAAUCCGAAUAAUACUUACGACCAGGGCACAUCAAAUGUAAACCAUUCCAUGUUGAACCUGAAUGAUGACUAUGCUAAUAUACUGAGCAAUUUAGCGCACGGCGCUUCGCCUAUUUUGAAAGAGGGCUCUGGUACAGGCCAGAAAUUGCAGAAAACGUCUAAAUCUCCAGGAACUGCAUCUAACGGUCAUUCGACCGGUAAUAACGAUAAACAGCCAAAUUUGGAUCUGCUACUUCAGCACUACCAAGAGCUGUUCAGUCGUUCUGGCGGUAAUAACAACGGUGGGAAUGACGGAAAUAGUGGCAACACCACGAAUCGAACAGGGCAGGAUCUUGCCAAAGCAUCUUCCAGCGUUAGCCCGCCUUCUAAUAACAAUACGAAUACUCUUGCUACCCUGGAGCAAAAGUCGGUGGUGGUUGACAAACCGUGCGACCAUUGUCGUCGAAGACAAAUUAAAUGUGUCAGGGUCCCAGACUUGUCCAAUUGCGUACAAUGCGAAACCAAGGGCAUAAAAUGCGGAUACUCUAAAUCACCCGCCACUCAUCAAGCCUCUGAUACGCCACGAGACAUUUCCAAGCGUAACCGUGUGGACGAAAAUGUCAACGUCCACGAGCUUUUAAAGCGUACUAAACCCAAUAAUAACAAUGACGCAAGUACUGAAAACUAUACAGAUAUACUGCUCAGUCUUGACCAAGCAGCCAAUGAGAAGCACAAGCGCAACUCGGAAAAAUCCAGUAUUUCUGGAGUGGGAAACCUCUCGAGCCCUUACAUGAUGUUCGAUUCUCCGGGGCAAAACGAAGCAGUGAAGAGCUCGGCAAACACUAUUCAAACCGGAAAUUCACCUUCAAAUUUGUCUACCGGAACCAAUUAUAAUAACGGACAGCAAAAACUACCCUACGUGCAGCCACCUAUACAAUACCCGCGCUCAUCGUUCUACGUCGGACCCACAUCCGUGUUUGACAUCAAUCUGGUUAAUCAAGUCAAACUCGACAAGAUAGACCAGGUGCAGUUAUCAAAAACUCUAGCACUGCGAAAAGUUGCCCCUGACGUGCAAUUUCUACUCCGAGACGACCUCAAUCAGGCACUUUACAUGAAACAAGAACAAGAAGUCGAUAUGGUGGAAAAGCUAGUUCAUCCGCAUGGUAAGAUACUUGUUGACAUCUUCUUUAAACUGAUACAUCCUCAAUUUCCAAUUUUGCACGAACGAGUGUUCUUGGAGAAGUAUUCCAGGUCUUACCGUGAGCUAACAGCGCCAUUGCUGGCGGCAUUAUAUUCUCUAUCGUUGCAAUGGUGGGACUUUCAUCCUCAGCUCGUCGGAUUUGCUAAGCCCGAUGUGACCGAACAACUCAAUCAAAUCGCAUUAAGGACCUUCUUUGAUGUGAUUGAGAGGCCCAAACUGAGUAUCAUACAGACAGGUCUUUUGAUCUUGCAAUGCCGCAGUGAAAGCUCUAGCAAUUGGGCAAUAUGCUCGGAGGUCGUGGCACUUGCCGAGGACCUUGGGCUGGGCGUAGAUUGCCAGGACUGGAGACUUCCUCGGUGGGAAAGAGGUCUAAGAAGACGAUUGGCAUGGGCCGUAUGGCUUGAGGACAAAUGGACGUCCAUGAUGGAAGCCAGACACUCUCAUUUGAUUUUGGGCAGAAACUGGUUGGUCAAAAUGCUCACCGAUGAAGACUUCCCGGCGACUUCACCAGUGAUAAGCGGUUCCUCGGGUGCUUCACAUUUCAACAGUCAGAUGCUCAGGGAUGUAACAAGCCCAGUCAGUGACAGAUCCAUGCUCGACUUGUCUCCCACAGAGGAAGAUUUCAGAAACAGCAAGAUGAUGUUUCAAUACAUGAUUUCUUUGAGCAUUAUUCUGGGUGAAGUUCUAGACACGUUCUACACGUUAGGAGCGCUCCAAACCGUGACAAAGAUCGAGCAAGUACUCAAACUUGCGAAGCCUCUGCAGUUAAAGAUGCGCGAGUGGUAUCACUCAUUGCCACCUCAGCUUUCAAUGAACACUUUGAAAGAAAGGAAGUUCAAUAGCAAUGCUUCUUUGACGCUUUCGUACUUUGCAGUUGAGCUCACUUUGCAUAGAAAAAUCAUAACAACCUUAAACUCUGAUACGUCCCCGGAGCUUGUAAAAGUAUGUCGCCUAGCAGCAAAAACAAGGUUGGUGGCGGCAAUUGAGUUCAUAAGAGAUCUCAAAUUCGAGCAUAUCAAUUCUUUUUGGUACACCUGCUCCACAGGUAACCUGACACUGAUAGGGACAUUUUCUGCUCUACUGUUUGUUACUGCUCCUUCAAGGCAAGAAGCCAUAAUUUUCAGAGAUAGCCUUAGAAAUUAUGUGUGGAUUCUAAGGAUGAAUUCUAAAAGCUUCGAGAAAGCUAGACAUGGACUAGAAAGGAUACAUAUGCUGCUAGCCCAAAUCCCUGGUUUACUGACUGAUGAAACCGCUCGUCAGCAGUCACGGGCUGCUGCUUUCGCACCGCCUACCUUAUCACCGUUGGCGCAUCAGCAAAUUGCUCAAUCCCCAUACGUUCCACCGGGCCCAUCAGUGCCCAAACAGAACAGUACACAAUCCGUCGCUAACCAAUUUAAUGGCUUGCCUUCGGAUAUUCUGCAUCAGUUGGCGAGCAUACAAGGAAAUAUGCCAUUUGUCAAUGAGCCUAAUGCAAUCCAAACAGAAAAUGUGGCAGUAAACGAGCGUAGAAGAGAAGCAGGUGUCUUCAAUGACUUGAAUCGCAUAUCACCAGCGGAAUCAUCACCAGGAGAAAAAGAGUCCCCCAGGAUGAAUCUCACUGUAAAGGGCGAAAGUGGUGGAUCGCCAAAUAUAUCAGAUCAGGUCAAAGAAACUGACGGAUCUUCAGACAGUGCGGCCCAGGUAGAAUCGAAGUCGAGAGUGCUAACUCCUCAGAGCAAUAUAGGGACAAACGGGAGGGGAGGAAAAGCUGCAUCAUCGAACGACGAUCACUCGCAGUCCGGUGCCGUGUUCGACCAUCAAGAACAAGCCCUACAAGCGUCUCCAACAUCAACGGAGGAGUCGCGAGGUCAGGAUAAGCCUCUUGAACUGAAAGUCCCAUCAAAUGGUGUGUCUUUGAGGCGGAAAGGAGAUGGUGAGCAAACGCCAGUAAGUCAGCAAGAAGCAGGCCAGGAGAAACCAGAUUCAAGUGAAUUGAAUAGUGCAUAG